UGGACUAGUCUUUUUACAGUGAUGCUCAUCAAUCACUACUUGCAACUCGUGUUCGAACAUACGAUUUGGCAAAGAUUGCUCCUUACGUCAGCCACACAUUCCCUCAACUCUAUUCUAUGGAAAAUUGGGGAGGUGAUUGAUAGUUCCCAAGAGCAAACGGCAAUAGACACAAUGAUGGGUGCCACCUUUGAUGUUGCAAUGCGCUUCUUGCACGAAUGCCCUUUUGAGCGACUUGAACUGCUCCGCAAACUCGUCCCGAACAUUCCAUUCCAAUGUCUUCUUCGUGGUGCCAACGCUGUCGGCUACAGCAACUAUCCAGAUAAUGUCGUCGACAAGUUCUGUGAAGUAGCAGUAAAGUCAGGAAUGGAUGUUUUCCGAGUAUUCGAUUCCUUGAACUAUUUCCCGAACUUGGUCGUAGGAAUGGAGGCCGCUGGUAAGGCUGGUGGUGUGGUAGAAGCUGCGAUUUCCUAUACUGGAGACGUCGCGGAUAAGAGCAGAACGCAGUACGACUUGAAGUACUAUCUCGAUUUUGCUGAACAACUAGUUAAGGCUCAAGCCCAUGUUCUAGCAAUCAAGGAUAUGGCUGGCGUUUUGAAGCCGCAGGCAGCAAAAUUAUUGGUCACAGCCUUGCGAGACAAAUUCCCAGACAUUCCCAUCCACAUCCACACUCAUGAUACCGCCGGAGCUGGUGUUGCAACAAUGAUCGAAUGCGCUAAAGCCGGCGCUGAUGUCGUUGAUGCAGCUGUAGACAGUAUGAGUGGAAUGACUAGUCAGCCGAGUAUGGGAGCAAUAGUGGCCUCACUCCAAGGAAGUGAUCACGACACGGGAUUAAAUCUGGACGACAUCUCCAAGUAUUCUGCUUACUGGGAGUCGGCUCGUCGACUUUAUGGACCAUUCGAAUGUGCCGUUACUAUGAAGAGUGGAAAUGCUGACGUUUACAAACACGAAAUCCCUGGUGGCCAGUACACCAACUUACAAUUCCAGGCGUUUUCUCUCGGUCUUGGCAACCAGUUCAAUGAGGUGAAACGUAUGUAUCGUGAAGCAAACCUCGCUUUGGGUGACAUCAUUAAGGUUGGAUCUCAGCACAUUUUCUCAGUCCAAACUUUUCUUAACGCUGAAACUUUUGCAGAAAAAGCAAUUUUCCGAAAAAAACAUUGUAGGUUACCCCCUCGUCGAAGAUCGUUGGAGAUCUGGCUCAGUUCAUGGUGCAAAAUAACCUCACUCGCGAGACUCUCGUGGAACGCGCAGACGAUUUGUCUUUUCCUGCAAGUGUAG